AUGACUCUUAAAUCAAUUGCUGAAUUAGGUCAUAAGAUAUUGUUUUUUGGCAGCGACUCUUUUGCUUAUCCUGUUUUGAAGAGUCUUCAUAGCCAUUCAAAAUCAAAUCCUGAAUUUAUAUCUGACGUUCAAGUGGUAACUCAUUUCAAAACAAGCAAAAGCAAAAAAAUAACUAAUCAAGUAGAACAAUAUGCUUUGGAUUAAUCACUAAAAAUAUAUUAGCCAAUAGGGCAAACACCUAAUAACAGAAAAGCUGAGUGGUAGCAAUUCUAUUAGAGCGAGUUAUUUUAAAAUAAUAGUUUUAAUUUGGGAAUAGUAUGUUCUUAUGGCUAUAUGAUUCCUUCAUAUAUUAUUGAUAGAUUUACUGAAGGUAUGCUAGUUAUUCAUCCAAGUUUAUUACCAAAAUACAGAGGAGCCUCUCCUUUGUAAUAUGCUCUUCUUAAUGGAGAUAAAUAAACAGGAGUUUCCAUUAUCGAAAUUAGUAAACUAAAAUUUGAUGCUGGCCGUAUUUUGAAAUAGUCUCUUUUUAAAAUUCCUCGUGAAUUCACAUAUACUGACUUAUCGAAUUCACUUGCUUAAUAAUCAAGCAUAGAUAUUAUAGAUGUAUUAGCCAAGUACAAGGAAUAUAAGUAAAAUAGCUUAGAAUAAAAAGAAGAAGAAUAUACUAAAGCACCUAAAUUCUAAAAUUCAGAUACACAUUUGAAUUUUGAAAUUGAAGAUAAUUAAUAAAUUUACAACAGAUACAGAUGCUUCAAAGGAACUAAUUUUGUGUCAGUAAGGACAAAGUAUAAUUCAAAAGAAAUCAUAAUAGAGAAAAUGAGCUUACCAAAUGCUAAAGAACAAGAAUAAUUAAAAUUACUAAUAAAUAGCAAGCCCGGUUCUAUAUGGGCAUUUAAGUAAAAAUCUAUGAAGAAUUAUGUUUAUGUAAAAUGCAAAGAAGGCUUUAUUAGAAUUGAUGAUUGGAGGUUCUUUGACUAAUUAUCAAGACCUGCUUAUACUUUUGUUGAUUAAUUUAUUAAUAGAGAGCAGAUGAGUUAGGAUUUAUAAAGAGAGGGAUAUAUUUACUUUUAAAAGAUAGAAACUGAAAAUAAAGAACAAUCUAAUGCAUGA